AUGUUGGAAGCAUUCGAGAUCUUGACUGCCUCAGGGGUAGUCCUGUGGUCGAAGUCGUACGCGCCCGUCGGGGCGCAUAUUGUUAACAGCCUUAUCAGUGAUGUCUUCAUUGAGGAAAAGGUCCAGCUUCAGGCAACGAGCAAUGCGGCCCCAUCUUUUAAGAAGGAGAAGUACACUUUAAAGUGGAAAAGGGUGAAGGAAUUUGACUUGAUCUUCGUGGCCGUCUAUCAGUCUCUCUUACAGCUUGGUUGGAUCGAUAAACUCCUGGACAAUAUCUCCACCCUGUAUAUCGAUUUGUACAAGGACCAACUACGAAGUACCCGCGCAAGGAUAGCACAAUACCCCUUUGACAAAUACUUUGACCAGCAAGUUCGGGAGCUUGAGGAUAAGUCGGGGCCUAUCUCUUCGGAGGCAUUCGUGGCUCAUGCGGUUGAUAAGAAAGACCCGCUGGUUUCGUCUGACAAUGGCGGCCCCCCUCCGCCACCAGUGCCUGGUCUUCUCAAAGCGCAGCAUCAAGCUGCGCUAGCCGGGGCGACCUCUGAUGAGAGUACGCCACCACACACCCCGGAUACAUCGCGGUCAUCCACCCCUGUUGCGAACCACAUCAUAACUGCCAAGGGAGGACCAGCUGGCCGAGUUUCGCGUCGUGCACGCAAGGCCGCUAAUGCCAGCGCCAAUGCUUCCUCAGGCGACGAAACCCGCAAAGGAAAAACACCCAAGAGCGGCAAGAAGAUGCGCAAGUGGGAUGCCGAUGGGUUUGCCGAUGAAGAUGAUGGUCAGGUCCUCGACUACUCAGCCCAUGCUGACGGUGAAGAAGCGGCUGCUCCGGCUGUGGAAGGCGUGUCGCAAGAUUCUUGGGGACACAGAACUGGCAAGGGCCAGUUCGUACUGAAAGAUCUGGGAGAUGAAGUUCACUCUAUUUUGGAAAAUGCAGGCAGCGACAAAGCGAAGGAUGCGUCCUCUGCUGGCUUCGUCGGUUCAGGAUUUAAUGCAAUUGGAGGCCUUCUGCGCAACAUCGUGGGCGGAAAGACCCUUACCGAAGCGGAUUUGGAGAAGCCCUUGAAGACCAUGGAAGAUCAUUUGCUGAAGAAGAACGUCGCACGCGAGGCUGCGGUCCGGUUGUGCGAGGGUGUCAAGCGGGAGCUCGUGGGGAAGAAAACAGGCAACUUCCAAAGUGUGGAUGCUGCUUUGCGCUCGGCCAUGGAGUCAUCUCUUCGGAAAAUACUGACGCCUACUUCCUCUCUCGAUCUGCUUCGCGAAAUUGAUGCAGUUACGUCUCCCACUAGCAAGCAGCAGGCUCCUCGUCCUUAUGUUAUUUCGAUCGUUGGUGUCAACGGCGUUGGAAAGUCAACGAAUUUGGGAAAGAUUUGCUAUUUUCUGCUGCAGAACAAAUACCGUGUUCUCAUCGCCGCAUGCGAUACCUUCCGAUCUGGAGCUGUGGAACAGCUACGUGUUCAUGCACGGAACCUCAAGGAACUCAGUGCCCGCGAGAACGCUGGCGAGGUUGAGCUGUACGAGAAGGGCUACGGAAAGGAUGCAGCGAACGUGGCGAAAGAUGCUGUCGAAUACGGAGCUGCCAACCAGUUCGAUGUCGUUCUUAUCGAUACUGCCGGCCGCCGGCACAACGACCAGCGCCUCAUGUCCUCGCUCGAGAAGUUUGCUAAAUUCGCUAACCCAGACAAGAUCUUCAUGGUCGGCGAAGCCCUGGUUGGCACGGACAGUGUGAUGCAGGCUCGCAAUUUCAACCAGGCCUUCGGUACUGGGCGAAACCUUGACGGCUUCAUCAUCAGCAAAUGUGAUACAGUUGGUGACAUGGUGGGCACCCUGGUCAGCAUGGUGCAUGCUACGGGUAUUCCCAUCGUCUUCUUGGGAGUUGGUCAGCAUUACGGUGAUCUGAGAGGACUCAGUGUCCCUUGGGCUGUCAAUCUGUUGAUGAAGUGA